AUGCGUGCUUCAACACUAGCUCUCGGCGCAGCCCUGCUUGCUGCCUCGACCGUUUUGUCCCAAAGCGACCAACCGAGCUGCGGUCUCGACCAGAAAUGUCCCGAGGAUGCUCCCUGCUGUUCCAUGUACGGGCAAUGCGGUGUCGGCGCGUACUGCCUUGGCGGCUGUGACCCCCGGUCAUCCUUCUCCAUCGACUCUUGCAUGCCCGCUCCCGUCUGUGAGGACCGCAAGAUGAAGAUGAACGGCCUCGAUCGCAUCCGUGAUAUCAGCAGAUACCUCGGAGACCCGAGCGAGGCCGACUGGGUGUCGCAGGGCGAACCUGUCAUCACCCAGGGCAACGUCCUCCUGACCAUGCCCCGGGGCAGUGUCGGUACCGUUCUCUCCUCUACCGUCUACAUGUGGUACGGCAAUGUCAAGGCCAGGAUGAGGACUUCGCGCGGCCGCGGCGUCAUCACCGCCUUCAUCCUUUUCAGCGACGUCCAGGACGAGAUUGAUUACGAAUGGGUUGGCGUGGACCUGCAAACGGCCCAAACCAAUUACUAUUUCCAAGGCAUUCCUGAUUACACGCAAUCUCAAAAUAUUACCCAGUCCGACUCGUUCCGCAACUGGCAUGAGUAUGAGAUCAACUGGACGCCGGAUGAGAUUUCCUGGAUUGUAGACGGCGAAGUCGAGCGGACGAAGAAACGAGCCGACACGUGGAACGCGACUUCCCAGAACUUUGCAUUCCCCCAGACUCCGGCUCGUGUCAUGCUUUCCAUCUGGCCCGGUGGCCUCGAGAGCAACGCCCAAGGCACUAUUGACUGGGCAGGCGGCGUCAUGGACUGGGAGCACCCUGACAUUACAGAAGGGCCUGGUUACUUCUAUGCCGCUGUCAGCGAUGUUGAGAUGACAUGCUACGGCGCCGACAGCCCUCCUGGCACGAACAAUGGCCGCAGCUAUACCUACACCAGCACGAGGGGCACUAACGACACCGUCGUUGAUGGUGACGAACGGACGACGCUGAGGAGCCUGCUGGGGACUGGACUGGACAGGGAUAGGGGCGAGGAAGAGGACGAGGACGGGGACGAGCCGACAUCUACCAGAUCCGGUUCCUCUUCCUCUCCCACCCCAACCCGCCGCCCCAACUCGAUUCCCGGAGGCGGCUCCAUCCCGGGUGUCACGGUUCCUGGCUCAGAUGAGGAGGAUAACAACAGCGGUAACAACAACGGCGGCGGUGGUAGCGGCGGUGGUGACAAUGGCGGCGACGGCGGGGUUCCGGGCGGUGGCGACGCCGGGUCUGGCGGUAACGGCAACUGCGACCCGCGCCAGUUCAGCCAGGACGAGGAUGCCUGCGGGUCUGGCGGUGAGGCUUCCGGCCCGGAAGACGCGCCCAGCGCGGGUUCAUGGGGACAAGAGAAGACGAAGGAUGCGAGCGCCUUCGCUGCUCUCGUCGCAGUGGCGGGGCUGUUCUUCAUCUAA